AGGAGCGCGGAACGGAGAGAGAUGGGGAGCGAAGGCAGGAUGCGUCGGAGGUGUGGACGUCGAGUGAGAGGCGGGCCCGGGGAGACGAGGAGCGCUGCGGUGCGAACUGAGCGAGGAGGAGCCGAGAGAGGCCGUCCGCGGACCGAAGCGGCAGGCACGAACGAGGUCAGGGGCCGUGCAGCGCGAGAGCGUAUCUGGCAGGCCUCGCCGCGGCUACUUCCUCUUCGAGGGCCGAGCUCGAUCUGUCCAACGCAACGGCUGUGUACCUCGCACCUGCAGCGCUGAGCACAGCCCAUCUCAUGCGGCCGCUGCAUGCCUGCUGUGCUCGAAGGGGCUCGCGAUGGGCAAGGUCGCGUGGCCUGUCCGCGGCUUCACGCUUCAUCACCACGCUCGCGCUUGCCUUUUGCGCUGCAGCACGCAGCCACUCUUACUGCCCCUGACAGCAGCAGCAAGGCAGGGCCUCGCUCGCACUUCCGCUUCUCUGCGCUCGCGGGCCGCCUCCUCGGGCAGCGAGCAGCGUGCACCUCUCCGGCGUCUCUGCGCGGAACACGCCUGCCGGCCUGCCGGGUGCCGUGUGCGGAGCUCCCUCUCUCGGCGCGCCUGCUGCUCGGUACACGCACUCCGCAGGCGGAGGUGCCUCUCUCGUUGCGAGGCCGGACAGGCACGCAGCAGCGGCAUGAGACGUCAGCACGCAGCACCGCCGCACCGCACAGCACCGCAUCGACGUGCAGCGGCCGAGGCGGGCGGGCAGCAUCCUUCUGCAGCACGCAGCAUGCAGCAGCAUCCCGGCGGAGCGGCGGGCGGGUCACACGAGCCGUCGCUUCGACGAUCGCCCGCUCUGAGCUGCCUGCUGCACGCUUGAGAGGCGCGAUGUGGCACCUCGACGCGCAGGCUAAUCAUCGCCCGGCGCGCGCCAAGCCGCCCGAUGGCUGCCGCCCGCGGAGCUUGAAGCGUGGGCCGCAGCCUCAGCCGCCGAGCAGCACGCCGACGGUCAGCGGAUCUGCUCCUCGCGAAGGGGCGAGCCGCGGCUUGAUGACGCGCGGCGCCGGCUGGGCACCUCCGAGGGCAGCGCCAAGGCGGCACAGCGGCACUGCGGCGGUGUACGCGGCCUAGGGCUGUGCCUGGCCGAGUCCCGCACAGGGGCGCAUCGAGAGGCGCUUUCUGCUCGUCGAAGGCGAGGCACGC